UGCAUUACCUGAUUGUGUUGUACAAGCGGAACGAAGAAAAAAAAAAAGCAUAUCCGAAAUGACUCGUCGCUGCCUUGCAGUGUUACUUCAGUGUCUCCACGUGAUUGCACUCACCAGCGCAGCUUCCGAUGGCUCUAAGUGGACCUAUACGGGACUUGAGGGCAAGUAUAACUGGCCAAAGAAGCAUCCUUACUGUGGAGGAGUGUCCCAGUCCCCCAUCGAUAUCCGCAACGAACUUCUGCAGUAUGACCCGGCCCUCCAACCCGUCGAGGUGCGGGGCUACAACAACUGCACAGAACCACUCACCUUGAUCAACAACGGCCAUUCUGUGAAAAUGUCUCUGCCUUCAACCAUGUACAUCAGCAGCCUGCCUCACCGCUACUCUGCAGCUCAGCUCCACUUGCACUGGGGAAGCACGGACCACCUCGGAGGCUCUGAGCACACCAUCAAUGGGAAACAGUAUCCAGCAGAGAUGCACAUUGUGCAUUUUAACUCUGACAAGUACAGCAAUCUUUCCACAGCAGUGGACAAAGCCGAUGGACUGGCAGUAAUGGGUGUUUUCAUUGACGUUGGGGCGUUCAAUCCGGUCUUUGAUCAUAUUCUGAGCCAUCUUGGGAGUGUGAGAUAUAGAGAUCAAGUAGUACAAAUUCCUGCCUUUAAUAUCUUCAAUCUGCUCCCUGAGCGGCUGGAUGAGUUUUACCGGUACGACGGCUCCCUGACCACCCCGCCCUGCUACCCCAGUGUGCUGUGGACAGUCUUCAGAAACCCUGUCAGGAUAUCACAGGAGCAGCUCCUGUCAUUACAAACUGUAUUGUACAGCACCUACGUAAACGAGCCCAUCUCCUUGAAGAUGAAUCAAAAUUACAGACAUCCUCAAGAGACCAAUGAGAGGCAUGUUGUAGUGUCCUUCCGUGAUGAGCUAACGAUUCUUCAUUGGAACUUGGGUGUGAUUCUCGCCAUCACUUUGGCUGCUGUACUGGGAGCAGUCCUCAUCGUGGCGCUCAUUGUUUUCAUGCUGAUAAAGAAAAGAAGCAAAAAGAACAAUCAAGACAACGGCAAAGGAGUCAUCUACAAACCAGCAGCCAGCAAAGAGGAGGACACUUCAAAAGUAUAAGACCCAGCCACUGCCCCUGCAGGAUGAAACCCACCUGACACUGCACACACUGAAGCAGCAGCUAUGAAGAACAACCUGUUUAGAGGCAUCGGGGAUCUUAGAACCACACACACUUUUUUCUUUUCUAACAUUAGAUAUGAGUUCAGCAUUUCUCUUUGCUUUGAACAAAAGCGUUGUGCCAGUCGCACUAAGAGAUAAGACAAAAAAGUGUUUCUAAACAAAAAGAAUGCAUUAUUUUAUAUAACUGCGAUAUUUCCGAACCAUACCAAGUUGCUAUUUUAAAGCUACCCUUUCAGUUACGCACCUGUGCUCUGGAAAGAUCAGUCAUGCCUGAUGCAGUGUGAUCCUCUUUUAAGCACAGUGUGUCGGUUGACCUGUAUUGAGAAUACCUGAACAUGCUUCAGUUCAGCAGUUCUCAAACCCUUUCAACUAAACGUUGAAGCUUCAGACACCUGAUUAAUCAAGUUAAAUACUUGCUUCAUUAAUUCCUUGAACAUGUGUAAUUAUAAGUACUAAUAAUAGUGAGAGUUUACAGUGUUUGGCAAUGUAUAUUUGAAUCGUACAAUUUUAGUUGGAAUUUCUUGCAUGAGCAGCUCUCUGUAGAUUCCAGUUUCAUUUGUUUUGUGAAUUUUGGCACAUAAAAAAGUAAACUGUUUAAUCUCAGUGGUUUAAGGAAAAAAAUGUGUAAACGUGGCAGUCUUGGACCUGAAGGGAGGGCAAUUUUUGGAACAGAACUAACAAAAAGGAUUUGGAGAAAAGCCGCUUUGGACUGUUGAUGCAUGUUGCAAACAAAGCACUGCUUUAAAACUUAAUAUAUUUGCUUUCUUCUCACCUUUCUGAUGUAGUCCUUGGUUUUCUCAUGUCAGCAGUAGCAUAGUAGCAUAUCAAGGCUUCCUACUGGAACAUCAGACAACAGACAAAAACUCCUUGUUUAUCAGUUCAUAGGAUUUGUGAAAUGUGUGAAUUAAUGAGUGUAUGUGUAAUAUAUAUAUAUAUAUAUAUAUAUAUAUAUAUAUAUAUAUAUAUAUAUAUAUAUAUAUAUAUGUGUGUGUGUGUGUGUGUGUGUGUGUGUGUGUGUGUGUGUGUGUGUAUAUAUAUAUAUAUAUGUGUGUGUGUGUGUGUGUGUGUAUAAUUUUGUAAAUGAAUGGUUACUUUUCAAGUAUAGGAAUAUACUUGCAAUCACAUUCCCCAGUUUAAUAUACUACUGUAUUAUUAUGGCAUUAUUGAUAGUUAUCGUUCCUUUUCUUUUCAAUGUCUUUAGCUCAUAUGUACAUUUAUUUGAAUGUGUUUUGUCAGUGCAGGGUAUUUUAUAAAUAGUUUAGGUGUUUAUCAUUUUGUAGUGUCGGCAUACAGGUUCAAGUUCUCAUUUUAACUCCAUGGUGACCAGUUAAAGUGGACCUUAUAUUUUACUGUAAGUCAAGAUACACUGGAUUUUACUAUUAGGAGCGCCAUCUGCUGGAUUAAUAGUUGUUGGCUUAUCGUCUAUAUUUAUUUAUUUAUUUAUUGACAAUAUUCUACAAUAAUCAAACGUAGGAGAAAUGUUUAUUUGGUUUGAAAUGUAAUGUGAUAACAAAAACACGUUGCUCCACAUGUGUUUUCCAACCCAUUUUGAGCUGGCUUUUUUUUAAAUGUUAUUUGAUUACGUAGUUCUCCUCUCCAGUAAAAUUAAACAUGGCAACAUAAAUAAAUGUUCGGGAGAUAUAUAAUGGAGGCACUGUUAAGUACAUUUGUUAAGCAUUCAUUAAAAUCUAUGGUAUUGACACUGUUUAUUACAGCUACUGUGCAUAAUUCAAUGUGAACUACUUCUGAACGAGUUUUGUUGAUAUUAUUUCAACAUCCAUGAUAAAAUGGUUUCUUCAUGGUGUACAAUGUGUACUAUGGGUUUCAUGUUUUUAAAUGCACUCAGGAUAGCAUUUUAAUGGUUUAGUUAGUUUGGAAUGUUAUUAGCCCACUUUGUUAUGCAGAUGGAACAGUGCCAGUACAGUAUUAUCACAAAUGUAGUUUCUGUAAAUGCAUGUCAUUCAUGGUGAUUGAUUGUAUAUUGAUUUUUAAAUGGCACCAUAAAUCCUAAUAAAACUGCUGAAAAU